UUUAAUAUAUAUAUAUGGAUAAAUAUUAAAAGUUUAAUGUUGUUAUAUCUUGGAAAUUUGGGCAAUUAGGGUUUCGAAUCUUCUUCUUUUCUUUGGCAUAGACUUUAAGGGUUUGGUUGCUGAACUGAAUGGCCUCCAUAUCAAGUCAGACGCAGUUCCGUUACACUCAACCCCCGUCUAAGGUGCUGCAUUUGAGGAACUUGCCAUGGGAGUGUCCGGAGGAAGAGUUGAUCGAACUGGGGAAGCCAUUCGGGAGGGUCGUUAACACAAAGUGCAAUGUUGGAGCCAAUCGUAAUCAAGCUUUCAUCGAAUUCGCUGAUUUGAAUCAGGCUAUUGCUAUGACAUCAUAUUAUGCUUCUUCUUCAGAGCCUGCUCAAGUGAGGGGCAAAACAGUUUAUCUACAAUAUUCUAAUAGGCAAGAGAUUGUAAAUAACAAAACAAUUGCCGAUGUUGCCGGAAAUGUUCUGCUGGUAACAAUUGAAGGUCAAGAUGCUCGACUUGUUUCCAUUGAUGUUCUUCAUUUGGUAUUUUCAGCUUUUGGUUUUGUGCAUAAAAUAACCACCUUUGAGAAGACAGCUGGAUUCCAGGCAUUGGUGCAAUUUUCAGAUACAGAAACGGCCACAUCUGCCAAAAAUGCCUUGGAUGGACGAAGCAUCCCUAGGUAUCUGCUUUCUGAAAAUAUUGCUCCAUGUACGCUUAAGAUCACAUAUUCUGCCCACAGAGAUUUGAGUGUGAAAUUUCAGAGCCAUCGGAGCAGGGACUACACCAAUCCUUAUCUUCCUGUUGCUCCAUCAGCGAUAGAUGGAAGCAGCCAGUUAAGUUUAGGUCUUGAUGGGAAAAAACUUGAACCCGAGAGUAAUGUUUUACUUGCAUCUAUCGAGAACAUGCAGUAUGCUGUUACAUUGGAUGUGCUACAUAUGGUCUUCUCUGCUUUUGGGCCCGUCCAAAAGAUUGCCAUGUUUGACAAGAAUGGUGGAAUGCAGGCUCUAAUUCAGUAUCCGGAUAUUCAGACAGCCGUUGUUGCCAAGGAGGCCUUGGAAGGGCACUGCAUAUAUGAUGGAGGGUUUUGCAAGCUGCAUCUCUCUUAUUCGCGCCACACUGAUCUCAGUAUAAAGGUCAACAACGAUAGGAGCAGAGAUUAUACAGUCCCUAACCCUGCCAUUUCUAACCCACAACCUUCGGGUUUUGGGCAACAGCCAGUUCAAACAAUGGGUCCAGCUGCUCAUCAAUACAAAGGGACUCCAUACGGUCCUGGUUCAGGCCAACCUAUGAUGAUGCCUCCUCAACCUUCUGCUGGAUGGGCCUCCGGUGUUCCAGGAGUGCCUCAAUCCACGCCAGUACAGAUGACUAAUCAUCCUUACAUGCCACCAGCCUCGAUGCCACAAAUGACUCACGGAACGAUGCAAAUGCUGGGCGGCUACGGUGGUGUACCACCAGCUGGGUCAGUGCCUCCUUAUUGACCCAAUCAGAUGUAAUAUCAACUUAUCUACCAUAUAACAUAUGAAAACCGAGUUAGCCACACUGGUUGCUUCCCGCCUCAUUUCUUGGAGAGGAGGGAGAGGCAGGUUUUGAAUGUUCAACUAAACAGAUUGUGCAUCGAAGAAAAAUAUAUAUAUUACAGUUGUUGA